AUGGGGAUUCGGUGCCCAAAGAAGGACCAAUUGCAAUACGAGUUACAGAUUCGAGGGCGGCCUGACGACGGUGGCGUGAGUGAGCUGUCUGCGCGGCUGCGAGACGCGGUGGCGCUCCCAGUCCAGGUAUCCAAGGAGCGUGUCGGUAAGGUACAAAUCACUCAGUUCAUUAACCGACUUAGUGAUCUUGCUCAGGUGGCUGUCGGCCCGGGUUUCAAGGAUAAGGCAAACGAGUUACGGGAGCGGGUUUUGAAAUUGCAAGUUCAGUUGAGUGCUUUGGAAUGGGAAAGCGCUGCGGUGGAGGAUGGACAGGGAGGUGUUGUUCCUGGUGGGCUGCAAGUUCAUCCAGAUGGUGAACACAUAGUGUAUCCCCUUGGAUGCAAAGUUGUGAUACAGAACUGGAAGACAAAAGUUCAAACAUUUCUGACAGGCCAUACUAAUGUUAUAUGUGCUGUAUCAAUUUCUAAAGAAGGGAAAUAUGUUGCCUCAGCACAAGUAAAUCACAUGGGGCACAAGGCAACUGUUAUGUUGUGGGAAUUUGACACCCUGAAACUUGUUACCAAACAUGAAAUCCAUAAAGUUCGUGUAGAAUCUGUUAUAUUUUCAUGUGACAGCCAUUACCUUGUGUCCUUGGGAGGACGUGAUGAUGGUAAUGUUGUGGUGUGGGACAUCAAGGAAAGUGAGGCACUAUGUGGCUGUCCAGCAAGCCACGGAGUAGCUGGUGAUGCAGUUCUUCUUUGUCCAACCAGUAGGCAUCCGCUCAACUUUAUAAGUGGUGGGGAUGUAACAUUAAAACUAUGGAAAAUGGAACCUGAGAAGAGGCAUGUUAGCUAUGUUGACAUCAAGAUUGGUACACUAAAGAGGCAUGUGAUCUGCAGUGUGGUGGAUGCUGAGGAUGAAUAUGCAUAUUGCGGAACAACAUCAGGAGAUAUACUGAAAAUUCGAUUAAAUUAUGGGUCAGGUUCAGCUGCUGGAGUUAAUCCUGUACUUGAAGGCUGUUACGCAAAAAUUCCAAAGAAAAAAUUAGCAGAAGGAGCUGAGCCAUCAGAACGGUACAGCAAAGGUGUUACAGCCUUGACAUUACUCACUGAAAAAUGCACCACAAAGGUUGUUGUUGCUGCAGGGGAUGGAACUGUAGAAUUAGUGAAGGAAAGAAGCAGUCCUGUGAGUCUAAAGAAAAGUGCAUUACGGCUGCCUACAACACCGAAGCUUGUUGCACUAAAAAGUGCAAAACUGGAUUCUGGUGCUACAUCUGUCAAGAUUAUGAGGGAUGAAAUCAUAGCUGGGACAGACCAGUGUGAAAUAUACACUAUAAAUAUUGCAACAUUUAAUGUUUCACUUCACAUCACAUGCCACACAGACGCCAUAUACGACCUUACAUUUCCAUACAAGUGCUCAGAGUAUUAUGCAACAAGUAGUAAAAAUGACAUCAGGGUAUGGGAUGCCAAAGCAUUAAAGGAGCUGCUCAGGAUAACAGUACUUAAUCUGACAUGUGCCAGCAUUGUUUUUACAUGUGAUGGAAAGAGCAUUAUUAGUGGUUGGAAUGAUGGUGUCAUAAGAGGAUUCACUCGAAGGACAGGAAAACUGCAGUUCGACAUACCAUAUGCCCACAAUUUGGGUGUGACAGCUCUGGCAAUCACUGUGUGUGGCUCUAGACUUAUCAGCGGAGAUGGGGAAGGAUUAAUACGUAUAUGGGAAAUGAAACCAAAUUACCAGAAAAGUCUUGCUAGUUUGACUGGACACAGUGAUGCCGUUUCCUCCAUAUGUAUAUCAAACUCUGGGACAGAGGCUGUAAGUGCCUGCACUGAUGGAACAUGCAUUAUAUGGGACAUUGUGCAUCUUCACCACAAACAAUUUUUUUCAGCAAAUGCUCCAUUCUUAUGUGCACGUUAUAUUCCAAGUGAUGUUCAGAUCAUCACAGCUGGUGCUGACCAUAAGAUUCGCUAUCUGGAAGUUUUUGAUGGCUCGUAUAUACGCGAACUUGAAGGAUCUUCAGCUGCUGGGAUGACAUCUGUUGAUGUUUCUCCUGAUGGCAACUACAUUGUCACAGGUAGCUGUGACAUGUAUGUCAAGGUCUGGAGAUACAAAGAGGGCAACACGACCCAUAUUGGGACAGGUCAUGCAGCAGUUAUUACCGCAGUUCGAUUUUCACCUGAUGGUACAUAUAUUGUGAGUGUGAGUGCAGAUGGUGCCAUAUUUCAAUGGAAGUGUCCUUAUGAUUGUUCAGCCAAAGAAAUUAAACCAGAAAGCGUCCAAAGUGCCUCAAGAUUGUCAAAGAAGUCCCAUGUUUCAGCAGGAGCCGACCAGGAAAACGAAAAUCAGCAAAAGGUGGAACAAACUGAGGAAAACACAAGGAAGCAGGAAACACUUUCUGCUGAUGCCAACAAAUUAAUCAGAAACAUGACUGCUGGGGAAGAUACAAAAAGUGAUGAUUACUGUGCUUGUCUUGAAACACUUGGUUAUAAAGCUGCUCCCAAAAAAGCAGGCAGCUUAAAGAACCUGAGGACUGAUUCACAAGAAAGAUGUGCAUGUAAAAAACCAGUUGUACAAAGAUGUAGGUGGUAAUAUCAUAAUGGAUCCACCUUAUAAA